GNGUGUGCUUUCUUCCGUAUUUUCCGAGCGGCGAGUUUCCUCGCAUCGAUCUGUCUCUGCAGAGCUCGGUUCUUGCCUGUGGUGUUUUGACGAGGAGGGUGCAGCACUCCCUCCCCGCGGUGCCCGCGGUUGUCUCCCUUCUCCCGCGAGCGGUGCUUACUGACGUGGUGUUUACGAAUCUCUCUACUCCUCCAGCUUCGUGGGCCACGCUUUCCGCGACGGUGGUUGCCAGGUGCAGUUUGCCGCUUUGCAUUACUGCCGCGGGAACAGUGUCCAUACACACCUCUCGCCACUACCACCGUCUGUGCAACCUCACCGCCACGCUGAGCCAGCGCGGCGGUGAGUUGCACCUUGGGACACCACCCGCCUACUAUCUGUUGUGGCCGGGUUCGCCCGCGAGGGACUCACUAGGUCGAUUUCGGCCCCGACCGGGGAGCAGGCCGAGGGGGGGGGAAGGGGUGUAACCGGUUAGCCAUGUCAAACAGGAGUGCUACGGGUGCCAUUUGCGAGGUCGCCGAUGCGUCGUUGGAGGCGCUUGGCAAGAACACGGUGGUGGACGCGACGCCUAUCUUUUUCAACGGCAUCAACGGAUGUCCGUACGCGGGGCAAGGGCAAGGGCAAGGGCGCAUCGAGGAGGAUCACUGCUGCCCGGGGCUUGAUGUGCAAGCAAACCAGAGGGGACCCUGUAGCGAGUUCGAGAAGAAGGACCGAAAGUGUCUUCACACGUUGGUGGUCACCCUUGCGCUUUGGCAAGAGGAGGGAAUGCGAGAUGAAGGGUUAGGUGUCGGGCAGGUAGACGUGGAUGGAGGUAGAAUUCCAGACGGAACGCCGCGCACGGCGCAGAAAAUGCUCGACAAGGAUGCACCGGCGUGUCGCAAGGGCUUGGCAAACUGCCUGAACACCAUGUCGGUCUACAAGUUCCCGGAGAACCUCCCUUUCGGCCUGGGGCGUCAUGGUGCCAUCACGAACGCGAACGCCAGCAUCACUUGCACUACAUCUCAGAACACGUGUUCAGGGUGUGGUCGUGACUUCCCUGCGGAGAAUCAGCAUACCGUGGUUGCAACUCGGUUGACAGAGGGGCCAGGCAUGUCGAAAGUGAACGUGCACACAAACGAGUGUGAGACGUGCGGUAUCCACGGAUUGGCCAGUGAAAACUGGCGGGAGACUGGUUUGUUCAACUACAACAACAGCUACCUGGUGGAGCUGUCUAUCCUGUACAGAUGCCUGGAGGCGUUCACCAGGGGUACGACUAUAAGCGCCUUCUUCGAGACGUUUUUAGAACCUUUGGCGAGCGACUUGGUCUGGAUCAAGGCGAACCCUGAUCUCAGCAAUAGGCUCGCAAACGGCACCAACUUGCUCAACGUGCUCAACAACAUUUUCUUGGCGUUCCUGGCCCUCAUCGACCACACUUUCGAAUUUCGGUGCUGGAUGUGGGUGAAGUUUCCGCCGAUCCUCACUUUCGACGCCUGCAUGAAGAUCGCCUGCAACUUCGUGACUCUGGGGCAGAGGACCAAACGCCGGUUCUUGGGGUGUACGAUGCCGGAUGCAAAGCGGUGGCGCACAUGGAAAAACACCUCCCGGGGGUCCUUCAAAACCGCGGGAGACCCACUCGGCUUGGCGACGCCGGGGGGGGGNGCCUCAAUUGACACCGAGGAUGGCGAGCCCGCACCCACACCACGCGUCUUCUUUCCGGCGUUAGCACACCUCGGCAGCCACAGCUCAAGUACCACCGUCGAAGCACCGCAAGUUUCUGUACCUGUACCACCAAAGAGAGACAGCAAAGUCGACGUGUACGCCCUCAAGGCUGCUGCCCAGGGCGAUCGUGUGCAGAGCCAAGUAAACGUCUACGACCUUCUGCACGCGUCCGCCGAAACACAGGGACCAGUCCCGAAGGCCGUUAACUUGGCGGCCACGAGGGCUGUGGCAGGUCUCCGGGAGGCAGGAGUUCGGGUGCUCUCCUUGUUCGAGGUCCUCAUCUUCACGUACGUCUGGCUCCGAAACAUCGCCGAAGAUGAACCAGGCAUGCUAGAGCUAGGGGCUACCGGGUGGACCCUACGAAGGCCUUCCCACGGAGUACUGCCUGUCGGGACCACCGCUGAGAGCGUGGAUGCAAUCAGCACUGGUGACGCCGAAAAACACUUGCGGGAAGUGUUGGUGGUUGCUCGCGGGGCCACGAAUGGAAAGGGUGCAUGCAUGCUUGCCGGAUUGGUUUGGUGCGGGGGAUUUCGUGGACGGUGACACUUCAACCCUCUAUGCUACCCAGGUGGACGGGUUGCAUGCAUGCGUGGCGCAAAGACAAAGUUCAUGGUCGACGGAGUACAGCCG